UUUCGCGCAUGCGUCUUUAAUACAUACGGCGUUGCUAUGGUAAUAGUUAACAACCUUGAAGUCAAGUUUUUCUUUGGGAUUGUUCUUUAGUAUUAAGCUCAGGUUUAUCAUGUCUGACGUUGGUUCUGAAGAGUUUGACGAGGAGCGAGGCUCGCUGGGGGAAUAUGAGGGAGACAGAAAUGAAGCUGGAGAAAGACAUGGACAGGGCAAAGCUGUCCUGCCUAAUGGAGACACUUACCAAGGAGCAUAUGAAAAUGGCAAGAGAUCCAGCCAGGGCACGUAUAAAUUCAAGAAUGGGGCCAGAUACACUGGCGAAUGGUACAUGAAUUUAAAGCAUGGAGAGGGCACAUUUUAUUACCCAGAUGGUUCCAAAUAUGAAGGAACGUGGGUGGAUGACCAGCGGCAAGGUCUUGGUGUUUACACAUACCCUAACGGAGACACAUACGAUGGUGAAUGGCUGCACCAUCAAAGACAUGGACAGGGUGCAUACACAUACCAUGACACAGGUUCACAGUAUGUGGGCACAUGGAUAAUGGGUAAAAUGGAGUCAGCUGGCGAGCUCAUCUAUCUGAACCACAGAUAUCAAGGCAACUUUAUCAAUAAUAAUCCUUCUGGGCCAGGCAAGUAUGUGUUUGACAUUGGUUGUGAGCAGCAUGGAGAGUAUCUCCAGAUAGAGCAGGUUAAAGGAGAUGCAGAAGAAGAAGAACCCGCAAUGACAACCAUUCUAAAAUGGAAACCCAAGGCAAUUACUGCGCUUUCUGUUUGGACCACUGAGAGGGACUCAGGUCACACUGCGGUGGAGGAGUGAUAAAGACAGACCUUCAAAAGACAAGAAAAAAAAGAGCGGAGAGUUGAGGUCCUGUUGAAUAAACCUGCAAUACAGUGAGACUGUGAGCUAUGUCUUGUGGAGGAAGUGGAGUGAUGGGAUCUGUCACAAUACUAAAAUAAGUAAUCAUGGUCCUGUAUCAGCCAGUUUACUUCGCAGUGAUAACCGUCUGACUAUACAUUAUCAUGAUUAUUGUUGACACAUAAGUUAAUUCCUUAAUAAAUGCUAAUCAAAUAUCAA